AUGGAACUGUAUUUUUAUUAUUCCUGUAGUUAUUGGAAAGGAAACAAGCCAUUUCAAGGCAAAUUAUAUUUAUCAGUCAAUUUUCUAUGUUUUUAUUCUUUUAUUGUUGGAAAUGAAUUAAUUGUUAAAUUGAGAUGGACAGAUGUUUUGAAAAUGUCUCACAACAAUUCUAUGCUUUCUCGAAGCCUUAAUGUUGUAACCAAAGAUGGGAGGAAACAUGUUUUUUCUGUGUUUAUGAACUUUGCUGAUGCGUAUGUUUUAAUGUUUUUAGUCUGA